GGCGUACUCCAAAUUCAUAGUGCGCGAAAUAUUUUUAUUUUUAAACAACAAUGAAUGUUUAUGGGGAAAUUAGAGAACAUAUCCAGUCACUUCAGUUAGUUGUUUGCUUGCCAUUGGAAGAGACGCUGGUUGAUGUUAAAAUAUCAGAUGAUGAAAUUGAAGUGGAUAAUAGGAGACAAAAGAUGACGUUCAUUCUACCAAACAUUCAACUCAUUCCAAAUUCUUGCCAUAAUCUCUCGUGGGUCAAAAGUGAAGGUGCACAUAUGAUAUUCAGGGUGAAAGACCACACCGUAUCUGAAGGAGAAAAUGCUACUGGUUCUCUUGAGGAUGCUUUGAUGGACUCUAACUGCCAGAUCGUUUGUGCAACAUGUCGGAAAUCCAUCCUAACCUCUCAGUGUAAAUUUGACAGGGUAUGUCAACUGCCUUCUGAUCAUUGGCAGGAGAUGGUUGAAGACUGGCAGUGUCAUGCCAGCCAGGAUGUUGCCCAGAUUGCUUGUAAAACCCUGGAACCAUCCAGUAACGACUGCUUCAUGGACAGCACAAGUCUUAUAGUAUCUCCAAAAGUCAUCAACAAGGAUGCUUUCAGGUCAACUGAUGGAAUAUUGACACUUAAAAACAAACACAAAAUGGAUGGGUCAAGAGAUAAAUAUUUGACUUGUAGAAGAUGUUGCUCUCUCAUUGGCAGAGUAUCUUGUAAAGCAAUUAUGAAGGUUAUUUAA